GAAAAAAGAAAUAAAUAAAUAAAUAUGAAAGUAAUAUCUACGAGUUCAAGCAAAGUGUGAACAUUUGUCUUAUUGAUUUUCUCUAUUUUCUCGACUUUCAAUUGAUACAAUUUUCAUUACAGAUUCCACAUUUAUAUGGAGUAUGCGCAAGCGCAUGCGCAUAGUGAUGUCAACAAUUUAAUGCACGCGUGGCUUGCGUCUCGUUCUUCCAAAAGAUGUAGAUACAUCCAUCUUACAAGAAAAUUUUUGCAUUCUUUUAACUGCUGAUAUUUUGUUAUCAACUGUAAUCUAAAACUAUUUAGUUCUAUCGUAAUCAAAAAUAAUUCCUUUCUAAAAUAAAUAUUGAUAAAUUUCAAUCAAUCGGUGUGCAAGUCUAGCCUAACCUAACAUAACCUAAAAUAGGUUAUACUACAAUUUAUUAUUAUCCAUUUCGACAAGACUAUUAAUAAAUCAAAUAAAUCAAAGAUUCUUAUUAAAAGAAGAAAAAUGGCUGGACAACAGCAUUCCUUCCCACCUGGUUUUCCCAAUGUGCAACAAUCUGCGAUGAGAACACAAUUUGGAGGCGGACAAAUGGUUACCGGUUUAAUGGGACCCCAACAAGGUGGUAUAGUAAGUCCUCAGCAAUUUGGAGUAGGUGUUGGUGUUGGUGUUGGAGUUGGAGUUGGAGUUGGAGGAGUAGGUUCUAACGCUAUGGGAAUGCCAAAUGCUCAACAAGUUUUAGCCCAACAACAUCAACAACAAUCAGUUUCCAUGCAACAACAAAUGCAACAGAUGCAACAACAACAAAUGCAAUUGCAGCAACAACAACAAGCAGCUCUCGUGCAACAAACUAAUCAGACUAAUAACCAAGUUACUACACCACAAACACCUGUUGCACCAACGCAACCUCCUUCUCAACAGCAACAAAAUAAAGACCUUAAUACUGUCAGCUUGUGUAGAUUUGGACAAGAGAUUGUACAAGAUAUUGUAAGUCGUACUUUAGAUGUCUUCCAAACACUGAAAGUAAUUCAACCACCAAAUGGUACGCCACAAGGAGCUAGUAUUGCAAACAGUAAGAAAACUAAGGUACAAGAACAGUUAAUGACGUUAAAGAUGUUAUUUAACCGUUURAGGCGGAUUUAUGAAAAAUGCAAUGAAAAUUGUCAACUUCAAGGCAUGGAAUAUACACACAUUGAAAGUUUAAUACCAUUGAAAGAAGAAUGGGAUAUGAAAUCAGAGGAAAAAAAGACUUCGGAAGCUUAUAGAUUAGCGUAUAAAGAAAGUGAAGAAAUAAUGGAGGAAGUAAUAUCCAAAAAUAAGCACCUAAAAGAAAUCAUUGACAAAUUAAGACGUAUCAUUUUCGAAAUAAAUAUUAUGUUAAACAUGCGCCGAUCUUAGAUUACGAAAAUAACUGAAAUAUUUAAGUAUAUUAAUAAUAUUUAGGUACAUAUUUAUUAUUAUUUAGGAUUGACUGAUUCUAUAAGAUAAAGUAAUAUCUUAAUUAAUAUAAGAAUGUGAAGAGAAAUGUAUGACUUAUCUACCUCUUAGAAUAAUCUUACUAUAAAAA